AUGGGUUGUGUUCAUUAUUUAAAAUUCAAUAAUUCUGAAACUAUUUUGUACUCUUAUUCAAAAUAAUCUGCAUAAGUAUUUUUUUAUACCUUAUACUUAGGGAUUUGAUGUGAUAAAAAAAUAAAUAGUUUGGUAAAUUGAAUUAAAUACUAAGAGCCCUGAAAUAUAUAUUAAUUAAAAUGGUAGAUAUUGUUUAAGAACUUAAAAUUGUAUUGAUCCUAUAAAAUAACAAACUUAUAUUCAAAUUGAGAAUUUAGAAACUUAAGAUGUAUAAGGUUUUAUUUGUAAUAUAGGAAUUAUUAAGGAGUUUUCCAUAUCGAAUAAUGGUAAAUUUUUAAUAUAUAAUUGAAAGAAAAAUACAUAUUGA